AUCUCACAAAUUGUCAGACUUUUUGGGGGAGAGAAAGCAACAGGUUGCUUCAGAAUUCGUGCGAGAGAGUCGCCGGGAUCGGCUCGGCUGGGCUCAGGGAACAGUUGUUGUCGGACUGUCGCGACGAUUACGACACACAAUCAAUUUAGCCGCACGCUGCUAAAAACUCGCGAGAGAGAGGGAACGUCUGUUCUGUUUAAUUGCGAGAGAAUUUCCAGUCAAGAUGCAGUUGUGGCUGAGGAUUUCCAUGCUGCUCUGCUCGUUCGGUUUCCUGCGGGAGCUGCGACCCUCGGAGCCGUUCGUGACCGAAUAUUUGGCCGGCGAUUGGCGCAAUCUGACAUCCGAACAGAUCUACCAGGACGUCUAUCCCUUUGGCACCUACUCCGUGCUGGCGCUGCUGGUGAUCGUGUUCCUCAUCACGGAUCUGUUGCGCUACAAGCCAAUCAUUGUGCUGUCCUCCGUGGCGGGCAUUGUGCUCUUUGUCAUGCUGCUGUGGACGCGCAGCCUGCUGGAGCUGCAGAUUGCCCAGGUGUUCUUCGGCUUCUUCAUGGCCGCCGAGGUGGCCUACUAUACGUACAUCUAUGCCAAGGUCGACCGGGAACGAUAUCAGAUCGUCACCGGGCACACGCGAGCCGCAAUUUUGGCUGGCAAAUUUCUGGGCGGCGUCGUCGCCCAGGUGCUCGUCUCCACGGACUGCAUGAACUUUCGCCAGCUGCACUACAUCUCGCUGGCCACACAGAUUAUAUCGCUGCCCAUUGCCCUAUCUUUGCCGACUGUUCCACGCAGCGUCUACUUCUAUGCGGUCAAGUCGUACAAGGACAAGAAUUCACCGGCGGAAGUGGAAAAUGCAGAUGCAAAAAUGGCGGCGCCAAAGUUUUCAUUGCGGAAUGCCGGCAGCCUGCUCUGGUAUCAUCUGGUCUCCUCCUAUACGAAUCCCAUUGUGCUCAUGUGGAGCAUCUGGUGGGCGUUGGCCAUCUGCGGCCAGGUGCAGGUCAUCUCGUACAUACAGUUCCUGUGGAAGGAGCAGGCGCCGGAGCAUCAGAGCAACUAUAACGGCGGCGUCGAGGCGGUGGCCACGCUUCUGGGCGCCAUUGGCGCCAUUCUCGCCGGCAUGCUGAACAGCAAUAGUCGCCGUAGCUUCUAUAUGCUGCUCAAUUCGGUUUGUGUGGCCAUUCUGGGCGCGCUCCUGCUGCUGGCGGCCUGCUGCGAGUCCGUCUGGGUGGCGUACGCCGGCUAUGCCCUCUUCUGCGCGAUAUUCUUCUUUAUUAUCACCGUGGCCGCGGCCAUUGUGGCCGAGAAUCUGGUGGACGACAGCUUCGGCCUGGUGUUUGGCAUCAAUACGCUGGUGGCGCUCGUCUUGCAGUCUAUUUUAACUGUUGUUGUGCUGACGGACACGGGCUUUGGCCUGCCGCCGAAGAAGCAAUAUAUUGUUUAUGGUAGCUACUUUUUGGUUUUAUCGGCAGUCUACCUGCUGCUGCAGCUGAUACUAAAGAUCUUUGCAAGAAAGUCUCCUGUGGCGUGAUGGAAUAAAAAACCACUCGAAUAUCCUUAAUACAAUUUUUAUUAAUGUUUACCUUUUUUACAGCACAUUUGUUUUAAUUAAACAGAAACUUAACAGGUCUCCGGACUGUUAACAACAGCGA